GGUAUCCUCCACCGGGCAUCUAAACAGACCAAACAUACCACUAUCUAAUAGUCAACUUCAUCAACAACAUCAGAACCAACUCAGAUUUGGUGUACGCAAUCAAAAUGCGGAUCAGAACAAUCAUAAGUCGCUGCCGUGCUAUCCUGAUGAAAAUCUCAACCACUACUACAGCUCCAGACCGAUAGUUUACCAAUCGCAAAAUUGCAAGAGUCGACCGGAAGAAGAUAAGAAAACUUCUACCAACAAUUUCUGUAUAAGUAGUCUUGAUAAAAGACAGUUGGUGGGAAAGUCUAGUUUCAAAGGGAACUUGAACUCGCUUAAGAAAGAGCCGAGAAUAGUUGGAGAGAUCGGCUGUGAUUUAGUCCCAGCCAGCCAAAGUAGGAGCCAAAGCCCAAAGGUUGCUGAUGAUGAGCCGAAAUAUGCAAAUGUUUCGGAGCCAGCCACCCCAGUUAACGAGUUUGGUGCAGAUCCGAGUGCGAAACCCCCAACCCCCAAUGAAGAGGACAUCGUCUCCAAAAGUUCCUCUUCAAGUUCCAAUACGAAUGAAAAGCAUUGGGACGACAUUCUGAACGACAGAAAUCACGUCAACACGCUCAUUGAUGAAAUGUUUGCUUCCGUUUUAGAGGUGAAUUUGGGAUCUUCGAUCAGUCCGACCUCGUCCAACGAGAGCAUCGCAACUGAAGAUGGCAAUAAAAUCACCAUCUCCAACAAAAUGCCUCCAUUGGCAGCGACGAGACCAACCAGUACUUCCGAUGACGAGAACUUGACAGUGAUUGUGAUCAAUGACGAUACGAAGGAGAGCGCCAGGGCUACACCGGAACGGAAAGUUACAUUCAAUGAUCGAGAGAAUCAUGAAUUUUUGAUCGAGGAGCUGCAAAGCAUGCAGCACCACCAAGGCAAAGUGCCCAAACGGCAGUUCUUGGGGUCACUGGAAAGUGUGAACGGAGACGAAAAGAUCCACAUGAGCGACUGGUAUGGAGUGAACGAUGGAAAAAAGGUGCGCCUCUCUAGUUGCCAUAUAACAAUUGAAGAUCCAUGCGAAGAAGAUGGAGACCCGAUCAGCAGACGGAAACAAAAAAUAAAUAAUAUAGCUCAAGCUUAUCGCUUGCCCCCAUUGCCCAAGUCGCUUUCCGCUUUCAAAUUGAUGGCGAACGGCGAAGUUGAAACGGAAACGAGCGAUUCCAUGCAAAGUAAAAAAAAAUUGCAACUUACUUGCUCCGACUCAAACGUUGAGAUAUUUGGAAGAGAACAGACCAACCUGGACAGGCAAUUAGCUUUAUUGAGACGGGAAAUGGUGAGUUUACGUGAACAAGAUCUCUCGUUGCUCGCGAAAUUGUGGUUCCUAAGCGAGUCCAUUCAUGACUUCCGGCAGAUGAUGCAAGAGCAGGAUGACGACAAGCUAAAUGCCAGGUUUUCACCUUCUCCAGCACCAUCCAGCCUCGAUGAUGAAGACUACUACGUGAUAUCAACGUCAACAUGUUAAGUGGCUUCACUAUAUGCUUAGCAAGCACAACUAUUUGCGCGUUCACUUUUCUAUUGUAAAUUUUGUACUUUUAAUUUUAUGUGAUAGAAUUACGAGAUUCCUUAAUAAAUUCCUAUGUGAGUUA